GACAGAGUGAAAGGACAGCGAGCGUGUGACUACAAUGUCUGCUUUGACUGCAUGAGACAUAUUAAAACUAGCAAAGGAGAUGUUCGCAUAUCAAAACUGCUGAUUUCAAAUGUGUGUGACAAUUAACAGCAGCAGAAGGAAAGAUGGGAAGAGCAGCAGAAGCUCGAGUCUCCCGCGGAAGUGACGUAUCUUCCCCGGGAUUGGUCGAAUCGCGACGUCACGUGAAGGGAGUGGAGUGCAGGAGCUUAUGAGCAGCAGAAAUCAACAGUAGAGGAGUGUCAAGGAAACCUGACAAUAAAUGUUGGCUGCAAAAUUGUAUCUAAUCCAGCAGAAGUAAAUGAAGCAAAAUCAGAAGACGUAUCAAAAUGUAGAUCUCUGUCAACCAUCACUUAUCAAAGGCAAGUACUAUGUGCAACUCACACAUUAUUAACCCUUACUUGUUUUAUUUUAAUUAAUGUACAUUAUACAACAGAUAUGACCAUACCGCUUUGUACAUAAGUAUAGUUUUGACAUCAAACCAUUCAUUGAUUUGUAUGUCUUUUAUUCGUUUCAAAAUUAAAAUCAGACAUAGAUCCUUACAGUCUUUCAUUAAUUACUAUCAUUCAUGCUUCAGAUUCAUAUUAACUGAUGGGUUAUUAUUUAACAUACUUUACUGACAAGCAGUGCAUUUUUAUUUCUGUAUGGUUUCGGUUUUCAUUUGUACUGUACAGGUUUCCCACUUAUGUCAGUGUUUUGUGUCUGUCUUGAAAAAGACACUAUAAAAGAAAGAUGUUUCUAUAACCAAAACACAUUUUUUAGCUCUAGAAUAUUUAAUUGGAUGGUAUCAUUCUUUGUAAGUAGCAUUUCUGUAAAAUAUAUUUAAAAACAUUUAAUAUCAUAAAUGAUCAGAAAUGUCAUAGAGAAAUCAUGAAAAAGUAUACAUGUAAAUUCAUUGGUCAGUGUGUGGGAAAAAUUAUUUUAUUCAUUUGUAAUAUAUAGUGCUUGACUGUGAAGGUAUUUCAUUUUUCUUUCAUGAUCACAUGUUUUAUCUCUUGCAUGUGCACGGAUUCAUGUCUGCUGGUUGUGUUUGUGCCAAUGUUUUAUAUACUGCUGCAUGUCUGAAGGUGAAACUACAGUGUUGCUGUGUGGAAAAUAAUCCAAUCAGAGUGUGGGAAAGCGUAAUCCGGUCUAAUCCCACCAACAGCCAUGAAGAACGGAGAUCAUUCAGGCAGUGAGAGUGUUCAGACACAGACACACCAGCACACACAAACAUCUUCUCCCUCAGAAAGGUGUGUGGAUCUGCAACAAAUGACAAUAAAGGUUUAACUAGAGUAGUAUAGAAAAGUAUUGGACGUGAGAGUUGACAUCAUAGACAAGAUCAGUUGUUUUACCUCUCACACGUCCAGACAGGUGCAGGAACACUUGCACAGGUCACCUGUUACUUUUAAGGGGCUCUUUUUGAGGAUGUCAUUGAGGAGGCAACAAAUGCAAUCUUGCAUUUAUCUAUUUUACCCAUGGUUUUAUUGUUGUGAAAUGAAGAUGAAAUCUAACAAAAUCAGAAGUAAAAUGUUAAAUAAAUGUAAAAUUUGCAUAUCAGUUAUAGGACAUAUAAACAAAUAAUUGGUAUUGGUUAUAAAAAUCUUUAUUGAUAAUUCUAAAAUAAAAAAAAUAAAUAAAAAUCUAAAUUUAUUCUCAAACAUGCAUCUUAAAUAUGAGUUUUGUAUUUCUGAACUCUCCAUGUUCAGUUUUACCAUAGAACGCCCAGAAAUAUUUCCCUUCGGAUGCAGAAUUUCUGUGUAGGAUGUUUGUGUAGUUGGUAGAAGGUGUGCAUCUAUCUGUGUUUGUGUGUGGGGUUACCAGGUGCUCGAGUCUCUAGUGAUCACAGCAUGAGGAUGAGAUUCCCAAAGGGUUCCUCUAAGUGAUUUAGGCAAGUGGUGGUGGCGCAGUGGAUAAGACAAAUGCACUUGGUGUGUGAGACCCGGGUUCGACCUGGGUUCGAAUCCACUGUGAGACACCAAUGUGUCCCUGAGCAAGACACUUAACCCCUAGUUGCUCCAGAGGUGUGCGACCUCUGACAUAUAUAGCAAUUGUGAGUCACUUUGGAUAAAAGCGUCAGCUAAAUGAAUAAAUGUAAAUGCAAGUGUGUGUUGUAUUUUUACAUUUGUUAUCAGAUGGUUUGUGGUACAGGUGAGAGUUGCCUCAUAAACGGCUUGCCAUACAAUUCAUGCUCCUUGAGGAGUCUGUUUCCUGACGUUUAGUAUAAAUGAAAAUGGCAAACUGACCCCAGAUCCGCAGUGAAUGUCUACUCUCAUAACCCCUCCCACUCAUGUUUCAGUCCAACAUCUGCCGCCUGGCUGUUUCUAAGACAAGAUACCAGACUCUGCCAGGAUGGGCUACGAUCUAGAACGUUUUGUAGGCUAUGUGAACGAGGGUCUGUUGUGCUGUGUGUGUCGGGACGUGUUAGAAGAUCCUUUGCAGGCUCCGUGUGAACAUGCCUUCUGCAGCUCCUGCAUUCACGGAUGGCUCGUCCACCAUAACACCUGUCCAGAGGACCGCUUGCCUUUAGACAUCUCACAUCUACGGCUGCUGUUCAGAUACAUGAGAAAUGAUUUAGCAAGGCUGCAGGUGAGGUGUGUAUUCCGGCCACAAGGUUGUGAGGUCAUAUGCACUCUGGAGUCUGUUCAUCGUCAUGAGCAACAGUGUGAUUACGCUUUGCUGAACUGCAGUAAUGCAGGCUGCCCGGUUAAGGUGUCGCGGCGCUCUCUGGAAGCUCAUCUGUGUGUGUGUGAAUACAGCAGUAGAGUCUGUGCAAGCGGCUGUGGAUACACAAUCCUAAACACAGAGGAGGCCCAACACAACUGUGUAUCGGAGCUACGAGCUGAGCUGGACAUGCUUAGGGCAGAAUUAGACUGCAAAGUCGAAGAGGUGCGACAAGAAAUGGAAUCUCGCUUGGAUAUCCAAAGACGACACAUGGUGCAGAAGGAGAGUCUGCUGAGGAGUGAAGUGGAUGAACUGAAGGGCCAGCUGUCAAGAGUCAUGUCAGAUGUCCGCGUUCUGCUGGGUGCAGAGAGAGUGCGCAGACAAGAGCUGGAGAAGGCGGAGCUUCUUGAACUUUUUAAAAAGGAGGGGCUCAGACCAGCCACGCCCUCUGAAGCAGCACCGCCCCCUGCUGAGGUGCAGAGAAAGCUGAGCCCAAGAAGCCUAGCUUUGGAUUGCAUCAAAAGAAAGAAUAGAGAGGUGACAGUCAUCUGAGGACACUUGCUUUUCACAGCAGAACAUUAAGGAAGAAGGAAUGUCACAUGAUGCUAAUAAAAAAAAAAAAACACUAACUGGAACUCAUCAUCUGAAAGAAGCCCCAGUAUUGCAGUUCCUCUGGGUGAACCAAAUCAUUGCUAUGAGAUUGGCUGUUCUAUGAUUUAUCCAAAUUGUGUAGACUUUUUUUGACCAUAUUUCUAUGUUUUUUUUUUUUUUUUUAAUUUUUUAGAGGUUUUUCCUAUUUAAAAGUACAUGCAUUCUGUUAAA